GUAUCCACAUAUCCUCCUAAAACCUGAUAUUGCAACCAUCACCAAUCUUCAGAGAGACAAGAGAUAACUGAUAGAGCUAUAUCCCUGAGAAAUAAACUUCCAAGGAAUAAUGAGAGUAGCAGUAAUCAUUGGGUUGGGAUGCCACGAGGAUGCCACUAAUUUUGAUUCAGACCACCGUUGCUUCAAAUUACCAGCUGCCAUGAGGAAGUUGAUUAUGGAAAAAAAAAAAAAUCAUAAACGUAUGCUUUUGAAAACAAUUCUCUCGGACGCCAAAUUACCAAGGCCCAAUCCCUCUUUUGAUUUUCAAUUCACUUGAUCUCCUGAUUAACAAGAUGGUCGCUUCCGAUUCUCCCACUUCCAAAUUUUCAGAAACUUUUAUUAUAGGAAUAUGAAUGAGCGUUAGAUAGUAAAGUCUUGAAUGAGGGUAUAAAACCAGACCAGCCAAAAGAGGAAAGGGGCUAUUUCCAAUUAUCAGUGCUUAGGUAACAUAAGAAUCCGUGCAUACCUAAAGGAGGUAACUCAUGGAUUAACUCGAAGACAAACUCUUUAAGCAAUCUUAUGUAAAGGGAUCUCGAUAGAUUCAGUAAACCCUUGCCUCGCUCUACUUGAAGUUGUGAAGUCUUCGUGAUGGGUGCUAUAGAAAGUCCUGUACAUGACAAAGCAGAUUAUCUUCCAGGCGAAGCAAAGGAUAUUUUGAAGUCGUUGGCCAGUGAAUGGGAUGAUGUUCUUGAUGUCAAUGCGUUGCAGGUGAUUCCUCUUAAAGGGGCCUUGACAAAUGAGGUAUUCCAGAUAAAAUGGCCAACAAAGACAGAGGAAGCCUCACGAAAAGUCCUAGUAAGAAUUUAUGGUGAGGGUGUAGACAUUUUCUUUGACAGGAACGAUGAGAUCCGGACAUUUGAAUGUAUGUCUAAGCAUGGGCAGGGGCCUUGUCUGCUAGGACGGUUUGCUAAUGGUCGUGUUGAAGAAUUUAUCCAUGCACGGACAUUAUCGGCAUCUGAUCUGCAUGAUUCCAAUAUCUCUUCUCUUAUAGCGGCCAAAAUGAAGGAGUUCCAUGAUCUUGACAUGCCUGGUCCAAAAAAAGCCCACCUUUGGGACAGAUUACGGAACUGGCUUGGUGUAGCCAAGAGUCUGUGUUGCCCUAAAGAGGUUGAAGCCUUUUAUUUGGAUACAAUUGAAAAGGAAAUCUCUAUGUUGGAAAAGGAGCUUUCAAGUGCUCACCAACGGAUAGGGUUUUGCCACAAUGAUUUACAAUAUGGUAACAUAAUGAUUGAUGAAGAGACCAAUUCUUUGACCAUAAUUGAUUAUGAAUAUGCAAGUUAUAAUCCUGUUGCGUAUGACAUAGCAAACCACUUCUGCGAGAUGGCUGCCAACUAUCAUACAGAAACACCUCAUAUUCUAGACUUUAGUAAAUAUCCUGCAGAUCUGGAAAGGCGGCAAUAUUUUGUUUAUGAAUAUCUGCGUUCUUCAGGUGAAGAACCUAGUGAAAGUGAAGUGGCGCACCUAGUGCAUGAAGUUGAGAAGUAUACGCUCCCAAAUCAUCUCUUUUGGGGCAUUUGGGGAAUAAUUUCGGGUCAUGUAAAUAAAAUCGACUUUGACUACAAGGAGUAUGCAACGCAGAGGUUUCAGGAAUACUGGUCAAGGAAACCUUUUGUUUUGGGCUCUGUUGGUCCUUCUCCUGAAAGCGUUAUUGACGAUACCAUGGAGAAAUUGAUGACUAAAGAAAGUACAGCGAAGAGCCACCAUCAUGGACACAGACAUUUACACUCGAGGAGGUUGAGGAAAUUUCUGAAUCUGGCCAUGUUUAGGUCCAAACACAAGCAUUAGCACCAAACAUAAAGACAGACAGUCUCUUUGCAAUUUCUGUGGUAAGAUUUGUGCCUCAAUCUGAGUGUAACUGAGACUAUCCACUAAAAAAAA